UAUAUAAAGAAGGUUAGAUAGUUGUAAUACUUGCUCAAAGGUACAAGCUUAUAAAGCAUACAGAUUAUGGCAAUUCACAAGCUGCUUUGCAAUCUAAGCUUCAUUUUCCUCUUAUUCUUCCAUUUUGGUAAAGGUGAAAUCCGAUUAAAUUACUAUUCAGAAAGUUGUCCAAACGCCGAAGAAAUUGUAAAACAAGAAGUUAUAAGUUUGUACCAUAAACAUGGAAACACUGCGGUUUCUUGGCUUAGAACUCUCUUCCAUGAUUGCAUGGUUAAGUCAUGUGACGCAUCAAUAUUAUUGGAGAGCAUAAAUGGGAUACAAUCAGAAAAGACAUCAACAAGAAACAUGGGGAUGAGAAACUUCAAGUACAUAAACACAAUCAAAGAUGCACUUGAGAAGUCAUGCCCCAUGACUGUCUCUUGCGCGGACAUUGUUGCUCUUUCGGCUAGAGAUGGUGUCGUUUUGUUAGGAGGACCACACAUUGAGAUGAAAACCGGGCGAAAAGAUAGCAAAGAAAGCCAUCUUGCAGAAAUCGAUGAAUUGCUACCGAAUCAUAAUGAUUCGAUGGCGUAUGUUCUUUCGCGCUUUCAAUCCGUGGGAAUUGAUGUUGAAGGAACAGUUGCUCUCUUAGGUGCUCACUCAGUAGGUAGGGUCCAUUGUGCCAACAUAGUGGGCCGGCUCUAUCCGACAGUUGACCCGACCUUGGACCCAAACCACGCUGAAUACCUCAAGCGUCGUUGUCCCCAUCCUAACCCAGACCCUAAUGCUGUGGAAUAUUCAAGAAAUGACCUAAAAACACCAAUGAUCUUAGACAACAUGUAUUACAAGAACAUUAUGAACAACAAAGGACUACUUAUAGUUGAUCAACAACUUGUUUCGGACCCGAUUACAUCUCCAUUUGUUGAGAACAUGGCAACGGAUAACGAUUACUUUCAUCAACAGUUUUCUAAGGCUCUUCUCACUUUGUCAGAGAAUAACCCGCUAACCGAGGAAGACGGCGAGGUUCGAAGAGAUUGUCGUUUUGUAAAUAGUAACUAAAAACGACUCGAAGUGUAAACUAAUCAAGUUUUCUAAUAUUGUUAUCUUUAUAUGUGACAUAUCUAAGAUUAUGCCAUGAAAUUAAAAUGAAUAAAGUUUGUAACAUUAUGAAAUA